AAUGGUGAUUAUCUGCCACAGAGUGGAUAGCAUGCUCACAGGCUCAUGCCACAACCACCAUCAAAAAUGGCAGCAAGCUUUUCUUACUCACCAACUCCACCACCAUCAACCCACAUUUCCAAAUUCACCCCUCUGCAGCCUCAGCUCAUCUACACGCUCGACAAACACUGCACCACUAUGAAAGACCUCAAAAAGAUCCAUGCCCAUCUCAUCAAAACUGGUUUAGUCAACCACAUCUUCGCUGCUAGUCGCAUCUUGGCUUUCUGCACCUCCCCGGCCGGUGACAUUAACUAUGCUUACUUGUUCUUUACCCGAAUCUCAAACCCUAAUCUAUUUACUUGGAACACUAUCAUUAGAGGCUUCUCACGAAGCUCAACUCCACAAUACGCCAUUUUUCUUUUCAUUCGAAUGCUGUUCUUUUCAACUAUAGAGCCACAUAGGUUAACUUACCCUUCAGUUUUUAAGGCUUAUGCUCAGCUUGGCUUAGCCCGUGAAGGCGCUCAGCUUCAUGGAAGAGUUAUAAAAAUGGGUCUUGAAUUUGAUCAGUUCAUACGGAAUACUAUCUUGUUUAUGUAUGCUACUUGUGGGUAUUUGAAUGAAGCAUGGAGAAUUUUUGAUGAAGAUAUGGAAUCUGAUGUCGUUGCGUGGAAUUCAAUGAUUAUGGGUCUUGCUAAGCGUGGGGAGGUUGAUGAAUCGAGGAGGCUGUUUGGUAAAAUGCCACAAAGAAAUGGAGUUUCAUGGAGUUGUAUGAUUAGUGGGUAUGUAAGGAAUGGGAAGUAUAAGGAGGCUUUAGAGCUUUUUCAAGAAAUGCAAGAGAGGGAGAUUAAACCUAGUGAAUUUACAAUGGUGAGCUUAUUAAAUUCUUGUGCUUCCUUGUCUGCACUCAGACAAGGAAAAUGGGUUCAUGAGUAUUUAACAAAGAACAAUUUUGAGUUGAAUGGUAUUGUUGUUACUGCAAUUAUAGACAUGUAUUGCAAGUGUGGUUGUGUUAAAAUGGCUUCACAAGUUUUUAACAGUGUGCCUAAAAAGCCAUUAUCAUGUUGGAACUCCAUGAUUUUGGGCUUAGCUAACAAUGGUUGUGAGGAAGAAGCAAUAGAAUUAUUCUCCAGGCUAGAGUCUUGUAAUCUAAAACCAGAUGAUGUCAGUUUUAUUGGUGUGCUUACAGCUUGCAAUCACUCAAAGAUGGUGGAUAAAGCAAAGGAGUAUUUCUCAUUAAUGGUAGGAAGAUUUAACAUCAAACCAUCAAUGAAGCACUACAAUUGUAUGGUUGAUGUGCUGGGCAGAGCUGGAUUUCUUACAGAAGCAGAAGAAUUUAUAACAAGUAUGCCUAUAAAGCCAGAUGCUAUUAUAUUGAGUUCUUUGCUCUCUGCUUGUAGACAGCACGGAGACAUUGAGAUGGCUAAACGGGUGUCUGAGUAUAUAAUUGAGUCGGAUCCAAAUGAAGAAUGCGGUCAUGUGCUCAUGUCUAAUAUUUAUGCUACUACCAGCCAAUUCGAUGAAGCAAUUGAGCAAAGGGUUUUGAUGAAGGAAAAGCAAAUAGAAAAAGAACCAGGGUGUAGUUUGAUUGAAGUUGAUGGUGAAGUUCAUGAGUUUGUAUCUGGUGGAAUGCGAAAUCCGAAAGCUAAGGAGAUAUAUCUUUUAUUGAAUGAUAUUGAAAUGAAAAGGGUGUGAUCUGCAGAAUUCUUCUUGAUUCGGUUCCUCAAGC